AGAAAACCCUCAUCGGUAUUCAUUUUGGCGUCGCGUUACUCGCUUCCGGAGGGAGAAGGGGAACGACUGAGCGGAGCAAUGCCUUCAUCGUCGCCUUGUAGCAUCAGAGCCCUUUGGAUCCUCAGCUCUCAGGACAACGUCGCCUUCUCCAGGAGAUUUCCGGUGGUGGAGAAAAGGUGGCGUUUGGCCUGUGCGAGAGAGAAUGAGAGAUCAGAGUCUGUUGGGUACAGCGUGCUGCCUCUGCUACCGACGGAUCCUGAACUGGUUUCCGCUUUUUCUGAGAGGAAGAGGAGGGAGGGUUCUGCACAAGGAUUUGGCAUCCGCCUCGCUCAGUCAACUCAAGGAUCAGAUUCCUGGGUUGAUGAUCCAAUCACACGACACAUUAUAUCACUCUCCAUUAAAAGAGAGGGUGGCGAAGAAGAAUUUAUGUUAUGGCCGUUGGUUUUACAUACAAAGGGCAGUUAUUAUAUUAUCAUUUUGCCUUUUGUUGAGCCUCAACAGUUUAAAGCAUAUGAGAAAUUGUGCACAAGAUCUGAUUGUGGUGGUUCAGUGGGGGAGGAAUACAGCCUCUCGUCCCUUUUAUACAAUCUACCAUGCAUCACAGGAGCAAUUAUGGUGGCACACACUGUGGGGGACAUAAUUACUGGUGACGUUGUUGACCCUGAUGUGGUCAUUAGUUCAUCUCCAUCCGUAGGAGGGUUGUUGGACUCACUGACUGGUAGUAUAGGCAUAUCAGCCAGGGCAAAACCUGUUGGAGCUUCUGUUGCAGCCUCAAGUACUUCAGGUGCUUCUGCAGUUGGUACUAUAGCAAUGGAUGCUUCCAAAAGCACAUCCAGACCAAUAGACAAAGAUGCAUUGCUUACUUUUCUGAGCAGCUCAAUGCCCUUUGGAACGCCUCUUGACCUAGACUUUGCACAUGUAUCUGUAAUCAAGGCCCAUGGUUUUUCUUCUUCAGAUUUGCCACCUGCAGAACUCAAGCAACCAGCCUGGAAGCCAUAUUUACACAAAGGAAAGCAGCGGAUGUUGUUCAUGAUUCUUGAGACGAUAAAUGCUGCCAUGUACGACCGUGAUGAAAUACCAGAUUCUAUUUCAAUUACAGGUCAAGUAAACUGCAGAGCGGACUUAGAAGGAUUGCCUGAUGUUUCCUUACCUCUGAGUGGACUGAAGAAUGCUAGCAUGGAAAUAGUAUCAUUUCACCAUUGUGUUCAGGUAUCAGAACAUGGUGAUGAUAAACAAGCUCUAAUGUUUUCUCCGCCACUCGGGAAUUUUGUUUUGAUGCGUUAUCAGGCCUUAUGUGGUCCUGAUCCACCAGUAAAAGGCUUUUACCAGUUAUCUAUGGUCUCUGAGGAUGAAGGUGCAUUUUUGUUCAAGUUGCAGUUGAUGGAGGGUUACAGGGCUCCUUUUUCUAUGGACUUUUGUACUGUUUCCAUGCCAUUUCCACGUAGAAGAGUGCUAUCUUUUGAUGGGAAUCCUUCAACUGGAACAGUUUCAAUGACAGAGCAUUCCUUGGAAUGGAAAAUUGUUACAAGUGGCAGGGGUAUCACCGGUAAAAGCAUUGAGGCAACUUUUCCAGGUACAAUAAAAUUUUUUUCAAGGACAAUCCAGAGGGGUCCUUCACUACCGAGGUCAGUUUCAAGAAAUAUGGUUGAAGAAGAUACUCAUAGUGAUGCUGAGCAGGACACUGCUAAUAAUACUCUCAACAUUGAGGAUAAUUUGAUGGAAAAAAUGAAUAAGGACUUAGAGUCAGUAGAUUUGGAAGAGCCAUUUUGUUGGCAAGCAUACAAUUAUGCAAAGGUUUCAUUUAAGAUUAUUGGAGGCACGCUAUCUGGAAUGUCAAUAGAUCCAAAAUCGGUAAGCAUCUAUCCGGCUUUGAAAGCACCAGUUGAACUCUCUAUGCAGGCAUCCUCCGGAGAGUACAUAUUGUGGAAUACUUUGGGAAAAUGCCCUUCUGCUGUUUCUCCUAAAGUUUAUUGAUGAUUGAUGCUCAUUUAUGUUCCUUGGACAAGCCUUAUGUAUCAUUUCGAAGGGACAGGAGACAGGCAGACCCAAUGAGGAGAAUAAUGUGGUUGUUUGGUUAAACGAAAGUGCAAUUAUAUAAAAGGGUUUGAACAUUCAAAUGUUUGGUUAAGCACUUAGAAAUACAAUAAUCUGACUGCAUUUCUGUUUAA